AUGUCUCCGAACACACCGCAAGAAGCGGACGUAGCGGCGCCUGCGGGUGAUAAAGCCGUCAAGAGCAUCCUUAUCUACAUGGCAAUGGCGGCCGAGGCGGCGCCGCUGGUGAAUAGCCUCGAUCUGCAGCUGAAGGAGCACGACUCCUUCCCCGCAGGGUCCCCCUGGCAGCUGCACUCAGGAUCGCAUGCGGGAGUGAGCAUCCACCUCGUCACGCCGGGCAAGGACAGGGCUCUAGGAGUUGACAACGUGGGCACGGUGCCAGCAGCCGUGGCAGUGUAUGCAGCAGCAGCCUCCCUGCACCCGGACCUCAUCAUCAACGCUGGCACUGCGGGCGGCUUCAAGGCCAAGGGAGCGGCAAUUGGCGAUGUGUACGUGGCCUCGCACUUUGCCAACCAUGAUCGUCGCAUCCCCCUUCCAGGCUUUGACGAGUACGGCAUUGGCCUUAUCGAGUCCCCACAUGCCUCUCGCGUUGCCUCCGCCCUGGGCUUCAAGGUGGGGCGAGUGUCAAGUGGCAACUCGCUGGACAUGAGUGCAGAGGACGAGAAGCUCAUUGCUAAGAAUGACGCCACUGUCAAGGACAUGGAGGACGAGAAGCUCAUUGCUAAGAAUGACGCCACCGUCAAGGACAUGGAGAUUAUACACCCUUACGCCGUCUAUCCUCCCCCAUACUCCUCCCCUCCCUUUUACCCCUCCAUCAACUCGCAGGCAGCGGCGGUGGCGUGGGUGGCGGCGCUGCUGUCCCUGCCGCUGCUCUCAGUGAAGGCGGUGACAGACAUAGUGGAUGGGGACCGCCCCACCACCGAGGAGUUCCUUGAGAACCUGCACACCGCUGCUGACGCUCUGCAGCAUGCCGUGCCGAAGGUGGUGGCGCUGGUGGAAGGAAAGAGGCUGGUGGAGUUGUGA